AUGCUGAGCAAUCUGCCGGCUCUUCGUCAGAUUGCCCAGAGGACCCUAAGCACUGCUUCACGGAGGCAUUUUGAAAAUAAAGUUCCAGAGAAACAAAAGCUGUUUCAGGAGGAUAAUGGAAUUCCAGUACAUCUAAAGGGUGGGGUAGCUGAUGCCCUCCUGUAUAGAGCAACCAUGAUUCUUACAGUUGGUGGAACAGCAUAUGCCAUAUAUCAGCUGGCUGUGGCUUCAUUUCCCAAGAAGCAGGCUUGACUUUGGUCA